AUGAGCGAGGGGAUCCAGAUUACUAUUCCAGAUUUUGACGAUGAUGACUUGAGAUCAGCACCUAUUCCCUUCGGACGCUCCGCUUUUGGUCAUGGAGGUGGGGGCUUCGGUAGUGGAGGGUUUGGCAGCGCAGGGUUCGGAGGGUCAAGUUCGGGUCUUGAUUCACCAGGCGGUACGACGACCCCAAUAAGUGCCUUUCAAUCCGCGGAGCGAAGCUACUUCUCGCAUUCAAGAGCGGAUUCAUCUACAUCUAUAGACUCUGCGGGUUCGGCUACAACACGAUUUGCGAGCAAGCCAGGCACACCGUUUUCACACUCGGCUCAACCUUCUUUUGCGGCACCGACAUCGUCGUUUUCGAAGAAACCCUCCUUUGCCUCUAUCCGGAAUGCCUUCAAAAGUGGAAAGAACAACGACCCCCCUCCUGUUCCUUCUCUCGACCACACGCCAUAUCCGGUUCUAAAGAACCCUUUCAACCGGUCGACAUCCUCCCUGACCCAGAGCAAAGGGUCGAAUACAACACCAACCAGUGCAUCGAGCAGUUCGUAUACCAGGCCAUCGACACCGGGGUCGAACGAUACGAGGUUCGCGCGUGCAGCAUUGUCGAUGAAGGGCAGGAGUCAUGGUUACUCGAAGUCUCAACAUUCGCAUAGUGGUUCAAUAUUUCACGUGUCGGACGGAGGGAGCGACUCUGGAGCCUACCUGCCAUCGCCACCUCCGGUGCCGCGGGUUCCAAGCGCCUAUAACAACAUGUACCGCGAUGACACGACGCCGCCUUCGCAGGACUACGAGGAGGACAAGCUAGUAAUGGACCUGAAGACGCCUUCAGAUUAUGCGCUUCAUGCUGUGUUCAUUCGGUUUGCGACUUCUGCGGAAGAGAAGAUAGACACCUUUCUUCGCCAGCACCUGGAAAAUGAAGUCUUGCUCACAGCGUACAUGGGCCCCGGAGUCGACAGCAAGUUUGACGAGACGCUACAUUCAUUAGGUGUUAUAGCUCAGAAGCAUGCUAAGCAGGUUAUCGACUCGAUUAUGCGCUGGAGACGAACGCAGAUCGAAGGUGUUGGAGCGGACAUGAUUCGGGCACACAUGAGUUCGACAGGGCCCAAUCGACUGCUUCGAGCGCAAGACGUCCCCAGUCUUUUGAACGAACGGAAAUCGCUAGCAUCCAUCUACAUCAUGUGUCGUGCUCUCAUUGCCGUUCUACAGCUACUGUCGAAAGACGCCCUUGGUGAUGCUCUUGGGUACAAUUUGGAGGAGACGACAUUCGAACAGUUCCGGAGGCCUGAGCGAAAAUCUCCUUCGGCGAACCAUCGAAUCAAUUCAGAGCUAUAUGCUACCCUUCUUGGCCAUCUUGCUAACGUUCGGUUCAUCAGCGUCACGGAUCGCUUCCUGGCCGAAAUGAGCCCUGUGGCCAUGGGUCAGGUAACAAAGGAUUCUGGAACAAAAUACGAGAAUCUGGUCAAGGGUUUGAAACACAUCAAGAUCAAGGUAUGGCCGCCAGAAGCUUUCGAGGAGGCAGCAGAAUUCCUGGAAUCAUUGUCUAAGUCAUACGCCAAUGCACAUGGACCAAAUCUAAAGAUGGCGUUUGCUGAGACGUUGAUCACGUUGCUGCAUCCUAUUGGAAAGACAGCCCAAGCUGAGACCAAUAACCCGCAAUGGGGAAAGGGCAUUGAGCUAAUAUAUCCGAAGGCAAGAGAGAUGAUGAGCAAACCACGGUACUGGCAGGCCGCCUUCCCGCUUGCGAUCACGAGUCUUUGUGUGGCACCGCAGACGUAUUUUUUGAAGCAUUGGCACGCCUUUUUCGAGAGCUCAAUAUCCAAGCUCAAGGAGAAACCUUACAAGACGUCGGUUAUGAAUGGCCUCAUGCGGCUCGUUUGGACAUACCUCUAUCGUUGCCAAGAAUCCGCCUCAACGACCAUGACCAAGUUGGAGAACCUUUUGAAACACUUCUUUCCUCCAAACCGAAAUACCGUGCUUCUAGGCGAGGAGAUGUCGGAACCUCUGACAUACAUCAUUCAUUUCAUCCUCUCCCGACACCCCGAGUAUGGCCGAGAGCUAUGUUUGGAGCUUCUUCAAGAACCAACGAUAACUAUCCUGCAAAAGUCCGGGAACAUCAGCAGCGCACUAUCCCAUGAACGAACUGCCGUCGUCGUCAACGCCAUCCUUCUCUCCCUGCACAGUACGGAACGAGAAGUGUUGACACCGUCAUGGCCGUCCGGCAGCGAUUUCACGGUUCUCCCGUCGAAGGAGGACUAUCCCUCAUCUUCUGGGUACAUCCCUACGUCGAUCAUGAAGCCUGGGCUUCAGGACUUCCUGAGCCGUGUUCAAACGAUGUUGGCUGCCAUUGCAGUGCAUUGUGGCAAUUCUGUUGGGUACAUGUUGGUGUAUGACGACCAGUGGUCCUACGCGCGAGUAAAUCCGGCCUACGAAGAAUCGAACAGCUAUACGGUUCGACGCCAUCCGGCAGACAUCGUGGUCGCGUACCCGAACGCACUCUUACCGCAUAUAUCCCUGCUCAACACGUGUUUCCAAGCAUGGCCUCGGUUCGCCCAUCCAUCCAUCGCACUUCCAGACGCUAUCGACAUGCUCUUGCGGGGCGUUAUGCACGUGGAGCCUAUGGUCGCUGAGUCGGCUACAGCUGCUUUGAAGAGGUUCAUGGACGACGAUUUCAAUGCCAUCCAGGUUAUAGGGCGGUUUAACCUAUUCAUGUUCAGCCCAAACCGAAUCUGCCACGAGUCCAAUUUCAAGCUUCUCCUCGAAUAUCCGCCGCUGCUCAAUCUUUGGGUUGAUAUCGUCGACGACUGGGUACGGACCAUUAUUCGCCGCGAUAUCGAUACCUUCCCGCAGGGCGAACAAAUCGUUGCAAGAUGUGUCGAGAUUGAAGCAGCCUCGCUGUUCCUCCUUUCUCAUGGAACCGGAAAUAUUCAGGCAGCCGGAGUGAAGGUUGUUCGUCUACUUGGCACGCUCGCCGCACAUUUAACAUCAUCCACCUCCUUCGCUUCCACCAACCUGCUUUACAUUGUGGAGCGACUGCAAGGCAAGCGGCCUGGAGAGGCGUAUCUCACUGGAUACGAUGAUCUUCUGGACAAGUCAGAACAAUCGCGGUUGGAUCAAUGGCGAAAAUUCAAAGGGGAAGAAGUUGCUCUUCGCAUCGCUGACAGCACCAACGAGAAGGAUCGCAAGUUAUGGCGCUAUAUUUACCCUGCUUUCCUUCAAGGUUGCAUGAAGUAUUCACCAUCGACAUUAGCCAUGCUCCGAGAAGGCAUGAUUGCUGCAGUGUCGAGAUAUCAUCCUUCUAUAUCCCAUCUCGCAGGAUUGAGCAGCAGAAUGCCUCAGGGCCUCUCUGCUCGAAAUCCUGCAGAGAAGGACGGAUAUAAACUAGUGGUUGACAACAAAGGCCUGAUCGAUCAAUGGCACAUGUGGGUCAAGAUCCUCUCAGCCACCGCCAUUCCUCCAGAUUCUUCCCGCCCUGCGUUGACAUUGAUAGGAAGGGAUCAUACUCGUGCUGGAUCGGAUGUCAGCUUCGAAAGGGAGAGAUAUAUGACGACUCGUGGUCUUUUCCGCCACCUUACCCCUUUCCUUGACUCAGAGUAUACCCUGUUCCGCGAUACCGCCGUCCUCUGUAUCAGUUCAUUUCCUGCAAAUGCCUACCCGUACCUGCUUGAAGACCUGAGUCUUCUGGCCGGACGGCAGUUUUAUGACGACCCAAGGUCAAAGGCAAUAACAACACCUGGGUUGGAGCAGAAUUUCGGACUUUUGGCCUCUCGUCAAGCAUACGACGAGACACGUUCAAGAUCAGGAAGUUCAGCAAUACAAUCCGAACGGACUCGCCGUCAGGAACGUCUUCACUCUGCUGUUGCUCGCAUUUAUUGCAUAACAGCCCACCUAUUGGAACAGCAAAGAUCCUCCGCUCGUCAGGCAGCGUUGUCCAACAUUCUCAAAUUUGUUCGUAACACCCAAACAUUCCUCAGUGCCCCAGAGAUGCGUGACAAUCACACCCUGCAUCGGCUGCGUCGCUAUUUUUGUGGUAUCGUUGAACGUCUAUUUGAUGGACUAGCUACGCUCAAGGAUUCCGAUCGAUUCAUUCCUUCUCUCAUGCACCUGACAUUGUACCAUCUGUGCGAGGAUUGGUGUCAAGUCGGACCUCAAUCGGAAUCGGCCAAGAAGCGGUUCGCUGCGAUGCAAAGAGCCGUCGAGUCUGUGGAGGGCGACAAUCGGAAUAGUGUGCAACGGUUCAGACAUGAAGCGUCAUUGCUUUCCCAGGCCUCUGUCGGUGCACUGGCCGCCUUAUGUCAAAAAGCCUUCUUCCCUCCCGACCAAUCCGCGAGUUCGCCUACCACAGAACGCUCUCCGCCGGAAUUUAUGAAGCCUUUGAGCGUACGUACUGUAUUGGACCGCUUGAGUGCUAUCAUGACAUCGUCGAACUUGGCGAAGGGGAAGAGCACCUUGAGGUCUCUUCUGACACAUACAGAGUCCAAUCGUGACCUGAUCCAUGAAUCAUUGCGAGCGUCCAUCGUCGUCACCGAGAAAUCUGGCUCUAGCAACCAACACUUCUUCGAAGUCGUCUCGGAGAUCGUCUGCAACGAACACCACAAUUUCAGUUUCUCCCAGAUAGUUUGCCUUGGCCUAACCAACCUGCGACAUCCAUCCGUGACAGUGCGCUGCCUAGCUUUCAACAUGCUGGAAAGCAUUCAUCAGCAGCAUUCUGGCCUGCUGACAAUGUCUACUUUCGAAUCGUCGGUGGCAAGUUUGGCGUCUGCGACAUACAUUCAUUCUCAUCGACUCAUCUCCGACUUCCUCGCUGGAGAACAUCCAUAUCAAGCGAUUAGUAUACUGGCACAGCUAGGCAACUGGCUUCCAACACUACCUGGAGAAGCAUACGAUACAAACGUAAUCCUUCUCCUGCUCCAGAGCCUGGAGUUCUGGAUUUCCAACAUCAAUCUCAUGUCAGAGGACAAGACAGCAGUCUCUCGGGAGGGGCUAUCCUGUUUGUAUCACCUCACGUCUUUAACCCUUCGCUAUGGGCAAAGCCAUGCCGAACAAAUUCUGGUUUUGUGGACCAAGCUCGUUGACUCUCCGCAUCAAUCUAAUGGACAUGCAACAGUUCGAUUCCUGCUCGAACAAGCUCACAAAGUCGGCAACGUCAUCUUCGUCACCUGCGCCUCGAAUAUUGUCGCAUCCCUGUGCCAAACACAUAUUGGUCGACAGGUUUUCGAGGAUCUAUGUUCGGUGAUAGAGCCCAUCCACAUGCUGCCUACCAUUGACCAUAAACUUUCCUUCCCUGCGGCGCAAGAAAUGAAACUAUGGGAAGACCUUGACGCGCUCUUUGCAGAGCAACCACGACUGUCAUUAGGAUCUGCCCAAUUUGCCUGGCUCUUCCUGUCCGACGUUUCCCUACAACGUUAUUGGGAGAUGAAGGACCAGUUGCCCACACUUCUCCACGCAGUUUUCACGCACCUGGACCACCGGAUGCCAUUUGUUCGUCAACGAGCCCACACCUUACUUUUCCAAAUCUUGCGCUCUUGGACUCCAGGAUACGAUGAAUUGCCUGAUAGAUCCGUCAGCCGGUCACGUCCUUUGGUCAAGGAGUCCAUUUCGGCGCUAGAAAAAGAAGCGGAGAACCUCUACUGGGAAGAGGACGAAGCCAGUGCAGACGCUAUUCCCAAGAUGAAGUCGCUCUGUUCUCGAAUUCUGGCCUACCUAGAGCCUCUUGCCCCAAACCUCAUCAGCCAGUGGGGCUCCUUGGCACUGACAUGGGGUACGGCUUGCUCUAUUCGUGCGACAGCGUUCAGAUCUCUCCAAAUCUUCCGUGCACUCAUGCCUCGCGUCAAGAAGGCUGACUUCGCACUACUUCUUGGUCGGCUCUCAAACACCAUUGCCGCACCAGAAGAAAACAUUCAAUCCUUCACCUCCGAAAUAUUCCUAACGAUCAAUGCGGUGGCCAACUUCGGUGAUCUCGACAAAUCGCUCCUUCCACAAGUGUACUGGUGUGCGUGUGCGUGCUUGUCAACAACUCUGGAGUCGGAGUUCCACCAGACGGUCCUUCUUGUCGACUCACUGUUGACCAGAAUUGAUCUUGACGACCCUGCGACGAUCGACCAGCUGUUAUCCCACAAGCCUGUGGAUUGGACCGAUUCCCCUUACUUGCAGCCCGCUCUUUUGAGAGGAUUGAGAUCAUCCUUGGUUGCAGGCCCAGCUAUGAAGGUUCUUCAAGCCCUUGCGCAGAUCCAGGACAGGCAAUUGAUCCACGAUUCGGAUGGUCGUUUACGCGAUCUCUACACCGCUUCUCUUCCCUGGUGUCUGCACGCCAUGGAUAAACAAGACGGGUCGAUGAAAGGUUUGGCGGAGGAUAUCAGUGUUCUCGCGGGAAAAGAGAAACGGCAGAGCAUUCAGAAGAUUAUGAACUCUUUUUCCAAGGGCCACUUCAGAACCAGAGAUGACUUCCUUCGGCAGUCUGUCGCUAGCCUCAGGGAACACUAUGGAGCCAAACAUUGGACAGAGGUUGUUACCCUACUGAUCGGUCUCGUGCUGAAUCAGGAGAGGUGGUUGCGCAUACAUGCCAUGCAGGUCCUCAAGGUCCUCUUCCAACACAGGGAGACGCGGAACCCAGUUGAGCUCCUGGGAUCGGAGCUCCUCAUGCCUCUUCUCCGUCUCCUCGAGACCGACCUGGCCGCACAGGCUCUCGACGUCCUCGAAGAACCACUAGCCAUGUCCGGGAUAGGUCCAGCAGCCAAGCAUGUUCUUCGGAUGAGCAUGCACAUCGGAGCGCUUCCUGCAGCAGUCUCGGAUCCAGAGUCAAUGGGAACGGUCUUUGGGGUGCCGGAAGAGUCAGGUUGGUGUGUCGCCCAAGCAGAUGCCCUUCGAGAGACAUGUCGAGCGAAUGUCAUGGCAGUCUUCGACACAUGCUCCGUUCCGACGAGGCCGUCGCGCAUCGAGUUCGAACCUGAAGUCGAAGCUCUUGCAUCCAUCAAGACGCCGUUGGCGGAUGACGUUGAGGGCGUCGGUAGCCUCGUCAAAAGCAUCCAAGAAAUCAACAACUUUUUCAACGGAGAACCGCCGCCGCGCAGGCCUAGCACUCUCAUCCCUACGCGCCGCCUCGAGGCUCGGGUUGCCGCCAUCCUUGCCAAGUCAUCUGGUCCCGAUUCCGUGUCGGACACACCUCAGACCCCCUUCCUUGACGUCUUCAACGUCGGUGCAGGCAUUGACGAGGGAGACGAUUCCGACAACUCUGACAGCGACUCUGACACUGAUGCCUUCAUUUUCGAUACCAUUUCUCCACCUCGUAGCGCACCUAAUGGAACUCGUUAUCAUUAG